CUUCACAUACUUCAACCUACUACAUUCCAACAAGAGUAUCUCAUUACCUCGCUGAUGAGUACGUGGACGAUGACCUUGCAGAGAUCAUUCUUGGGCACCUCUACCAUGGCAUGCACACAUUGUUGGACCAAGUUACUUAUGGUACAACCAUCACGGGUUCCGGCCCCCCUUUGGUUGGUGCACCUAUGGCUCCAAGCCUACUUCCUAAUAUUUCGGAAGGAGCUGCCCACCCUGAAGUCUGUAAGCCAAAAACAACUUCUGCUUACUUAUGGUCAUUACUACAACCAUGCUAUGUCCUUGGGAAAGAAAUCUGAAGAAUGCUUCUCCAUCUUCCAUGGUUUGAAGUCUCUUGAAAGCUUCACCCCCUUCAGACCCCGUCUCCUUGGUCCACCAUCAUUCACAAGGACUUUCACAAUGAGACCCAAAGACGAAGAUGAACUUGAUGAAUAUCGAUGCUUUGUGCUCCAACGGAAAGAUUGGACUUGGGCAUGCGACCUCAUACUCUUACCUAUGGUUCCAAAACGAGACACAUUAACCGAGGUUUACAACCCACACUUUGUGGCUCGUCAGUUUGGGCUCAUGCAAAUGUGGCCAUUAUCUCUGCCUCACUCACCCAACUUUGCAGCACCCAUGAAACGCAAGUCUUUGAAGGCAAAAGAGGUGACAAGUUGAUAAUGUGGCCACAGUAUACAAGGGGAGAGCACGAAGUUCAAGUGUUUUGAGCCAAGGAAGGAUGCACUGUCCCGGGUCUUUCAAAUUGUCUUUCCCGACAAAAUGGAGAACUUGAGUCUUUUUGACGGUUCAGCCCCAGUCAUAGCACAAGGUUUGCUUGACAAUGUUCCAAAAAACACCAGCUCGGAAGCCAUUAACUCCAGCAACCAAGGCGAGAGUGUCAAAGAAACCGGCCCCUCCUCCAUCACUCCCAAGGCUAGAGGACGAGCAUCUAAGCUUCCUCCCUAUCAAACUCUUUGCCAUACUGAUUUUUUUCCAUAUCUUUUGAGUUCUCCUACAUCUUUGUUUUCAAAUGUAGGUCUUAGCUUAGAUAGGCCCCUUAGAUCCACCAAGCGCAAGGUUUCUUUGAAGGAUCCACGAGUAAGUGCUAAACUAUCUUGUUAGUUCAUCUUCCUUAGAUCAAUAACCUAAUAAGAAUUUUCCUUGCUGUCUUUGUCAUCAGUUGAGAGCGAGGAAAAAAACCUCUCUAGAGACAAUACCAGUGACAAAGACGAAGGCGAUGAGGGUUCGAAGCUAGUAGAUGACAACUCCACCGAUGAGGACCUCGAGGACCGUCCCACAAAAAUAUCUCCAAAUUCGGACACCUAUACUGAGCCUACAGAGCCCAACUGAAUGGAGAUUUUGGACAAGACACCUUCAACCCUGCAACCCCAACAAUCUCUUUUGUCUAUCCAUGAAGGUCUCACCCAGCUGAAGGAUUCAAACCUCUCAUCGUCAAGUUUGGCAGUGACAAGUGGGUCCCCUUCAGGUUCGAUCAACCCAACGGUUGUACCUCACACUUCAUCAUCCGGCCCUCUUGGCCUUGGAAAUCCUACUCAUAAGUUUCCCGCCUCUACUGCUCCCUCACCAUCAAAAGGUGCAACCUUCCAAGUUCCGACGACCAACUUGUUCUCAUCAAGCCAUCAAGUCAACGUCUCUAACAUAGCUAUCUUGGAGAGCAACCUCCUUAAUGACUUGGUGGGUGGCUUCGGCAACAAGCACACCAGGGGUCUUCUCAAUGUCAACGACUAUUAGCUCCCCUCCGAGUACCAUGAUGCCCAUGGUGCUUUAGAUGGAUCUAGCAUCGGACCAUCCACUAUCAACAUGGCUGAGACAGAGCGGGCUAUAUUCUCUUCCUCUACCACUCCAGAAUUCCACACCACCACCGGUAACACUACUCCAACCGUGGUAAGCGCCACAACCUACUCUUUUUUUUAUAUAUAAAUCAGUUUGUCAAUAACUUAAUAAAAACCAUUGCAGGAUCUAAGUUCGCUCGACCACAGCUUGGAGCUCCUCCAAAACUUAGAAUCACUUGGGGAGGAAGCCCAAUUCGUUGCCCCCUCUUCUGAAGCCACACGUGCUGGCCUCACUGAGCUGGACCAGUACCUCUCACUCACUCCCUAGCGGGCAAUCAUGGCUUCCAAGAAUCGCUGGCCUUGACAAGCUCUUGAGUCACUAUCCAGUCUUGUUGUUCUCAACCCAUUGCCAGGACUUGACAUGAAUAAGAUGUCCAUUUUACA